UCUGCUAUGGAUCAGUGUGAGGACAGAGAGGAGGGAGUCCCUCCCUCUAAAAGCUCUCUGUGUGGGGAACAUGACAGCCAGACCAAAGCUCAGAGUAUCAGGAUGCAGCAGCAGAGAGCAGACUCUCCUGAACCCAGCUGUGUGUCCAUGAAGAGUGACGCGUCUAUGGAUCGUCCUAUUAAGUUUAAAGAUGGACGACCUGCUGAUGGAAGAGUUCAACAGCAGAGCUCAGAGGUUCCCAGUGAUCAGUCUGCACAGCAGCAUCAAACACAGCUGGACUCCAUAUUUAUGCUGCUGGAGGAGAACAUCGUCACUUUUGUGAAGAACGAGCUGAAGGGAGUCCAGAGGGGUUUGAGCCUGGAUUACCCAGAAUGCUUAGAGAGUCAGAGUGAGGAUGAGGAGGUGUUGGAAGGUGAGGAGGAAGAGCAGAGGAGGAGCAGCAGAGACGCAUUUCUGAAGAUCACACUGCACUUCCUGAGGAGAAUGAAGCAGGAAGAGCUGGCUGAGCGUCUGCAGAGAGCUCGUGCUGCAAAGUGUCGACGUAAACUCAAGUCUAACCUGGAGAAGAAGUUCCAGUGUCUGUUUGAGGGGAUCGCUAAAGCAGGAAACCCAACCCUUCUGAAUCAGAUCUACACACCGCUCUACAUCACAGAGGGAGGGACUGCAGAGGUCAAUGAUGAACAUGAGAUCAGACAGAUUGAAACAGCAUCCAGGAAACCAGACAGACCAGAAACAACUAUCAGACAAGAAGACAUCUUUAAAACCUCACCUGGAAGAGAUGAACCAAUCAGAACAGUGAUGACAAAGGGAGUGGCUGGCAUUGGGAAAACAGUCUUAACACAGAAGUUCACUCUGGACUGGGCUGAAGACAAAGCCAACCAGGACAUACACUUCACAUUUCCAUUCACUUUCAGAGAGCUGAAUGUGCUGAAAGAGAAAAAGUACAGCUUGGUGGAACUUGUUCAUCACUUCUUUACUGAAACCAAAGAAGCAGGAAUCUGCAGGUUUGAAGAGUUCCAGGUUGUGUUCAUCUUUGACGGUCUGGAUGAGUGUCGACUUCCUCUGGACUUCCACAACACUGAGAUCCUGACUGAUGUUACAGAGUCCACCUCAGUGGAUGUGCUGCUGACAAACCUCAUCAGGGGGAAACUGCUUCCCUCUGCUCGCCUCUGGAUAACCACACGACCUGCAGCAGCCAAUCAGAUCCCUCCUGAGUGUGUCGACAUGGUGACAGAGGUCAGAGGGUUCACUGACCCACAGAAGGAAGAGUACUUCAGGAAGAGAUUCAAAGAUGAGGAGCAGGCCAGCACCAUCAUCUCUCACAUCAAGACAUCACGAAGCCUCCACAUCAUGUGCCACAUCCCAGUCUUCUGCUGGAUCACUGCUACAGUUCUGGAGGAUGUGUUGAAAAGCAGAGAGGGAGGAGAGCUGCCCAAGACCCUGACUGAGAUGUACAUCCACUUCCUGGUGGUUCAGUCCAAACUGAAGAACAUCAAGUAUGAUGGAGGAGCUGAGACAGAUCCACACUGGAGUCCAGAGAGCAGGAAGAUGAUUGAGUCUCUGGGAAAACUGGCUUUUGAGCAGCUGCAGAAGGGCAACCUGAUCUUCUAUGAAUCAGACCUGACAGAGUGUGGCAUCGAUAUCAGAGCAGCCUCAGUGUACUCAGGAAUGUUCACACAAGUCUUUAAAGAGGAGAGAGGGCUGUACCAGGACAAGGUGUUCUGCUUCGUCCAUCUGAGCCUUCAGGAGUUUCUGGCUGCUCUUCAUGUCCACCUGACAUUCAUCGAGUCUGGAGUCAAUCUGCUGGCAGAAGAACAAACAACAUCCUGGUGGCCUGAAGUGUUCAGAGACAAAUCAACACGUUUCUACCAGAGUGCUGUAGACGAGGCCUUAAAGAGUCCAAAUGGACACCUGGACUUGUUCCUCCGCUUCCUCCUGGGUCUUUCACUGCAGACCAAUCAGACUCUCCUACGAGGUCUGCUGACAGGAAGUAACUCACAGACCAAUGAGAAAACAGUCGAUUACAUCAAGAAGAAGCUCAGUGAGAAUGUGUCUGCAGAGAGAAGCAUCAAUCUGUUCCACUGUCUGAAUGAACUGAAGGAUCGUUCUCUAGUGGAGGAGAUCCAACAGUACCUGAGAUCAGGAAGUCUCUCCACAGAUAAACUGUCUCCUGCUCAGUGGUCAGCUCUGGUCUUCAUCUUACUGUCAUCAGAAAAAGAUCUGGACGUGUUUGACCUGAAGAAAUACUCUGCUUCAGAGGAGGCUCUUCUGAGUCUGCUGCCAGUGGUCAAAGCCUCCAACAAAGCUCUGUUGAGUGGCUGUAACCUCUCAGAGAGAAGCUGUGCAGCUCUGUCCUCAGUUCUCAGCUCCCAGUCCUCUAGUCUGAGAGAUCUGGACCUGAGUAACAACAACCUGCAGGAUUCAGGAGUGAAGCAGCUUUCUGCUGGACUGGAGAGUCCACACUGUGGACUGGAAACUCUCAGUCUGUCAGGAUGUCUGAUCACAGAGGAAGGCUGUGCUUCUCUGGCCUCAGCUCUGAGCUCCAACCCCUCCCAUCUGAGAGAGCUGGACCUGAGCUACAAUCAUCCAGGAGACUCAGGAGAGAAGCUUCUGUCUGCUGGACUGGAGGAUCCCCACUGGAGACUGGACACUCUCAGGAUGGACCAUGGUGGACUGCAGAGACUGAAACCUGGUCCGAGGAAGUAUGCCUGUGAACUGGAACUGGAUCCAAACACAAUGCACAGAAAACUCAAACUGUCUGAUAACAACAGGAAGGUGACAUGUGCGUGGGGGGAUCAGUCAUACCCUGAUCAUCCAGACAGAUUUGACUCCUGUCCUCAGCUGCUGUGUAGAAAUGAUCUGACUGGUCGCUGUUACUGGGAGGUCAAGUGGAGAGGAGAGGUUUCUAUAUCAGUGAGUUACAGAAGAAUCAGCAGGAAAGGAAACAGUGAUGACUGUGAGUUUGGAAGGAAUGAUCAGUCCUGGAGUCUGUUCUGCUCUGAUGAUGGUCGUUACUCUGUCCGUCACAAUAAGAAAGAAACAGUCAUCUUGUCUCCUGUUUCUAACAGAGUAGCAGUGUAUGUGGACUGUCCUGCUGGCACUCUGUCCUUCUACAGAGUCUCCUCUGACACACUGAUCCACCUCCACACCUUCAACACCACAUUCACUGAACCUCUGUAUGCUGGGUUUGGGUUUGGACUUUGGUUUAACUGGUAUGGUUCCUCAGUCUCUCUGUGUCCUCUGUAGGAGGGAGAGUCUCUCUGUGUC